AUGUACUCAACCAUAAACAAUGGUUUCAUGGGCCCAGAGUUUAAUAAGGGAAAAGCUCCCUUGUCCAGGAAGGAAGAAGCUAAGAACGAUAUUUCACGAAAAAGUGCCAAACCGACUGAGGUAAAUAAUCAUGCAGAGGCAAAAGCGGAAAGUUCUGCCAGCGUAGAACAGCAAGUUGAAGUAGCCCUGCAACGACAAGAGGAAGGGAAGGGGGCACAAAAUAUCGACCAAAAAACUUUCGAGCAGGUGGCAGAAGUUCAUCAGCCUAUUGAAUGUGUAGCCAACGAACUUGUCACAUUUUCUGAACCUACAGAACAUAAUAAAGAGAUCAAUGAAUCGUAUAAAUGCGAGACCGCUUCACCAGGGGCGACAAUAAUGGAAUAUGAGGGAGCACGGGAAACAGCCCCAAAUGCAGAGAUUGAAUAUCCUUGUGAAGCUCCUCCAACAACAGGGCUUAUAAAAUUCUCCGAACCUCCAGAGAUAGGAGCUACUCAAGAAUCUGUUGAAAAUGCGGAAGGAAAACCAUCUCAAAUUUACAAAUCUGAGCAGCCAUUUGCAAGUGAAGAGGAACACACGGAAGCUCAUAACUCUUCCGAACUUAAGGUUACUGUUUUGCCGAAGGGAUUCCACUGGGUGACAACGUCAGUACCACUGCCAGAAGGAGCUAUCGACAUCCAUGAAUUGCAUCUUCCGAUGCACGUGGGUUUAGUAGAGACCGGGAAGGGGGAAAUUCCAUGCAAGUACCUGGAAGCGAAAAGAACCUUCUACGCCGGAAUUGAUGGGAGGGAGCAGGAUUUUGCAUGCGGCAAGAUUCUUUGCCUUGACCCAAAUAUAGCCUGGUAUUGUGAGGUCCUGAUUCUUGCCCUCUGA